AUGCGACAGAUCCACCAGGAUAAUGUGGUCCUGAAUACUGAGUUGCGAGGCAGCGCCGCCGCAAGCCGACGGGCUGCUCUCCACGCGCACACCAGCUCCUCUUCCCUCCCCGGCGGGCUCCGCUUAAAAGCGGCUCUCCUGCCCCACUUUCUGUCUUGCGCCUCGGCGAGCCAGGCCCGGGCGAGCUCUCCCUGCAGCGCCUGCGGCUCCCGCCUCCGCCCCGCGCGCGAGGAAGCCCUCCUCCCCGCCGACUGCGCACCGCGCGUGUCUCGCUCGCCGGACGAUUUCCCGCCUUCCGAGAGGAAAAUGAGGGGGCUCCUGUGGCCGUUGGCACUCGGCGGCUUCUGCCUGUUCUUGCUGCGCCUCCCCGGCGGCUCGGCUCAGCUGUUCGGGCGGCGCUACGACGACCGCUCGUGUCCCGAGCGCUGCGAUCGUGCGCGCUGCCCGGAGCUGCCCGCCGAGUGCGCGGGGAGCGGGGAGGCGCUCGACUCCUGCGGCUGCUGCCCGGUCUGCGCCGCGCAAGAGGGCGAGCCCUGCGGCGGGCCCCCGGCGGGGGAGCCGUCGUGUGCCGAGGGGCUGCUGUGCGUGCUGUCGCCCGGCGGCUCCGGCGUGGCGGCCUCGGCCACGGUGCGCAAGCGGGCCAAGGGCGGACGCUGCGUGUGCGCCAGCAACGAACCCGUAUGCGGCAACGAUGGACGGAGCUACAGCAACCUGUGCCAGCUGCGCGCCGCCAGCCGGCGCUCGGAGGGCCAGCGCCAGCCGCCUGUCAUUGCCAUCCAGAGGGGCGCCUGCGGCCAGGGUCAGGAAGAUCCCAAUAGCCUGCGGCAUAAAUACAACUUUAUUGCUGAUGUGGUGGAGAAGAUAGCACCGGCAGUUGUUCACAUUGAAUUGUUUCGCAAACUUCCUUUUUCAAAGAGGGAAGUUCCCGUUGCCAGUGGUUCUGGCUUUGUUGUUUCUGAAGAUGGCUUAAUAGUUACAAAUGCCCAUGUGGUUACGAACAAGAACAGAGUGAAAGUGGAGCUGAAGAAUGGUGUCACCUAUGAAGCUAAGAUUAAAGAUAUCGAUGAGAAAGCAGAUAUUGCACUAAUAAAAAUAGACACUCAGGGAAAGCUGCCAGUUCUUCUGCUUGGACGUUCAGCAGAGUUACGGCCUGGUGAAUUUGUGGUUGCAAUUGGAAGUCCAUUUUCUCUCCAAAACACAGUGACUACUGGCAUUGUUAGCACUACACAACGAGGAGGCAAAGAACUAGGGCUUAGGAACUCCGAUAUGGACUACAUCCAAACAGAUGCAAUAAUCAACUAUGGAAACUCUGGAGGACCUUUAGUAAACCUGGAUGGUGAAGUGAUUGGUAUUAAUACUUUGAAAGUCACUGCUGGGAUUUCCUUUGCAAUACCAUCGGACAAAAUUAAGAAAUUCCUCACUGAGUCACACGAUCGCCAAUCUAAAGGAAAAGCUGUAACUAAGAAGAAAUACAUUGGCAUACGAAUGAUGUCUCUCACUCCUAGUAAAGCUAGAGAACUGAAAGAACGCCAUGAAGACUUCCCUGACGUUAUUUCUGGAGCCUAUAUUAUUGAAGUAAUUCCAGAUACACCAGCUGAGGCUGGAGGGCUGAAAGAAAAUGAUGUGAUUAUAAGCAUCAAUGGACAGCCAAUAGUCUCAGCCAAUGAUGUCAGUGACAUUAUCAAAAAGGACAACUCACUCAGCAUGGUAGUACGUAGGGGUAAUGAAGACAUUAUCCUAACAGUGAUUCCUGAAGAAAUUGACCCUUAAUUAGAAACAUGAGCUGGACUUCAUGUUUUCUGUUAAGAGCAAGCAGUGGACUGUCUAUAUUAUCUCUGUGCUGGUACAGGAAACAUUAGACUUUGGAUCAAUAAUCCAGAUAAUCAGUGGAAUUCAUAAAGGUUUGAGACACAAAACCUAUGCAAUGUUCAAGAUGAACUUUCUGCUGUUCUUAAUAUAUGCUAUGUAUUAUCUAUCAGCUGCUCCAUCUGUUACUAUUAUUCAGUGGUCAACAUCUGCUCCCUUCUGUGCUGCAAACUUAUUAUGACUUUGAACCAAGACUUCUUGAAAGUAAAACCACCAUUCAAUCAUAUAUUUCAGCAUUUGGGUUUCUUUUUUUAGCUAACUUCUAUCUAGAAAUGCAGUUGUUAGUAAGUUAGAUAGCUAACAUGUUUGGAAAUAUUGACUUGUACACACACAACCAAAAACACCUUCCUUACGGAAUCCAUGUUGAUUUUUUAAUACUGUAUUUUCCUAGUUUAA